AUGAGCGGCAAUGGAUACGGGGCACCAUACCAAUCGGUACCUGAUAACGAUAGCGCAUACCCAUUGUAUCCACCUACGAGACCGUACCCUAUUCCCGUCCAACCACGCCCGGCUGGCACCAAUUCAACCGCGACACCUUCCGUCACCCUAUAUAAUCAGACUCAGAUUCCUAUAAUGACGCCUCGCUACGAUGAUACGGCAGUUAUUGGAGAGGGUGGAGCGUCACAUACGUUGGCUAGCACGCCUCUUCCCAAUGCCAACGCCACCAUAUAUACCGACCCUUAUAAUCCAAACAAGUCUGACCUCGCACACGACUUUACACCAGCUGCCCAGCACGCCCACGGACAGCACGACGAUCUGAAUCGGUGGUCAUUCAAUAGCGCAUAUGAGCGUCCACCUGGACUGAGAAGAUUUUCGGGGGCAUGGUUUAAAUGGCACUGGAACCUGCAAGUCAGUCGACGGAGGCUACCGAGACUUAUGUAUAUUCUCACCGGUCUGCUGCUCAUGGUAGGGUGGCUGAGUAUCACCAUGAGCUUUAUCAAUACUUUGAAACACCACGAGGCCAAGAAUUCGGCUGCCUCCGCGAUCAAUGCCAAUGCGCCGCCCGCACCUGGACACGAGAAUCAGACUUUUGUGUUCAUGAGUGGCCAAUUGAAUCGCUUUGAUCCUAGCCUGCGAACGCUUAAUAUUGACUGGACAAUGUUCGGUGCCAAAGGGCCGCUAGGCGACGGCAACCUCAGAGCUAGGGAGAUUCCAAUCGACCAAUGGGGUCGUCAAGUUUUCGCACUCUUCCGUGACACGGUUGCCCGCCCCGACCGUGGAACUAACAUCACAGACUACCAGCCAUUUCGUGUCAUCAAUCCGAACAUUAAGCCCGCUGGAUUUCUUGGUGUGACCGAAUACGACACAAUCAAUACAGAUAUUGGACUAGGCCAGGAGAGUACGAGCCCAUGGAAAAUACCGGAAUUUGGAUACCCAUUCGACGUCUUCCAAGGAACAAUUACAUGGGUCGUCGCGAGCAAUGCUACGAUCACGCGGACAGGCAGACCUGGUUCGGGCGUGUUUGGAAUGAGGGGAGCAAUCCUCACGGAUAGUCUUUUGAACCUUAGAGUCCGGUCGAAUGUGACAGCGACAUGCUUUAUCAGGAAGUACGGUGGAUGCGAGCUCAUCAUCCAGCUUCAGGUCGAGCGCACCGGACUUGUCAAGUUUUGUGUCCUCGCUGUCUUCCUCGUCAACUGGAUUGUCACAAUCGCCAUUUUCCUCGUAACUGGAGAGGCUCUUCUCCUCAACCGGACAAACAUCCUCAGCGGCACAGAUAUUCUAGCCAUCUGUUUCUCUGCUUUGUUUGCUUUACCCAGCGUUCGCUCCUUGUUGCCCGGGGUACCCGGAUACGGCUGCUUGCUCGAUAUGUUGGGUAUUCUGCCAAAUGUCAUCAUCGUCGCACUUUGUACUACAUUCUUUGCCAACUCGCGAUUACGGAUGCGCGUGCAUCAACAGAGGGAGCGAGAAGUCAAGGCCGAGUAG